AUGGGCAAGAAGCGGCCACAUGAGGAGGGAGGCGGCGAGAACGUUGCGCCCAAAGCUGGCGGCGGCGGCGGCGGCGGUGUGGCCGCCCCGCCGCGGCGGGGCGGCGGCGGUGGUGGCUUGGAGAUUGAUGAGGUUCCGCGUCCCAGGAAGACGAAGCCUCAGAAUCUGCAAAAGCUCUCCUACGAAGACCUGCAACAGAGAAAACAUGACUUGAAAAUGGAAGAGAACUACCAUAGCAACGUCAUGGGUAUCAAAAAGCGGGGGCCGUACAGCGCCAGCGAUGUGCGCGCCAGCUACACCCAGGUGCUUCGCUUUCAGUACCUCCAGAAGGAGGUGGAUUUGGAGAUCGAGCGCCGGGAAGCGCGGAAGGAGAGCCAAGCCGAGGCAAAGGCCCGGAAGAAGCAGGAGAAGGAGGAUUCCCAGCGGGCGGCCAAGGCGGCGAUGGCGGCCGCGCAGGAGGACUACUUCGGUGGCCCUGGCGUGUCUUUGCCCCCGGGCGUGCCCUCCGGUGGGGACGUGGCCUCAGGCUUCACCUCCUGGAAUGACAUGAGCAAGUACGACCGGCCCUACCUGCAGGGAGGCGAGAGCCGUGCGGCCGCGUCUAGCUCGCGGCCCCCGCGUGCCCGGCACUCGCCGGAGCGGUCGGAGAGGACUGACGACAGAGGCCUGGAUUUCUUCCAGCAGGUUGCCAUGGCGAAUGCCAUGAAGACCAAUAGCAUGCAAGGCGCCGGCGCGGCCGGCGCGGCCAGCUUGGGGAGCGAGAGCUCCAUGAUGGCCGCGGCAGGCGGCGGCAAGGACAAUCCCAUGCUCGCCACAAUGGCGCAGAUGAUGCUGCAGACCCAGCUGAAGCUUAAAGAAGCGCAGGAGAAAAUGAACAAGGUCUCCGAAAAGACUAUGGGAGGCUCCGGCUCGUCUGGCAGCUUUCAGAUGGGUGGAGGGUGUGGCAGCUGUGACGGUUGCAGCGGUUGCUGCGGCUGCGGAGGCUGCAGUGGCUGUGGCGGCUGCGGUUGUGGCUGUGGUAGCUGCGGUGGCUGUGGCGGCUGCGGUUGCGGCUGUGGUGGCUGCGGCUGCGGCUGUAGCGGCUGCGGUGGCUGUGGCGGCUGCGGCUGCGGCUGUGGCGGUUGCGGCUGUGGUGGCUGCGGUUGCGGCUGCGGCGGUUGUGGCGGCUGCGGCGGAUGUGGUUGUGGUGGCUGUGGCGGCUGUGGCAGCGGCUGCGGCGGCGGCAGCAUGGGCAUGGGCCUGCCUGCGGCUUUCAGAAAGUGA